AUGAGCAGCGAUUUCUUUAAGUUAGGCGGUUCUUCGCUCCCUCAUGCUUGCGGUAUUCCCAUGCUGGAUGUGCAAGGUGGGCGUCAGUUAACGGCGACGUCAUCGGCUUUUCAGGAGAGGUGUAUUUCCCCGUCCUUUGUACCGCUACUGAAAGAGAUGAUUCCGCGACAUGAUACGGCGUUGGGGUUUGGUGGAAGUUGGUUUUGGAACUGUUACUUAAAUGCACUUCACGGGGAAGAUGUAUUCCUGGACCUGAAGGGCACGGGGGUUAAUUUGUCAGAGGAUUCGUUGGACACGCAGGUGGCGCUGCGGCGAAAGUUAGCCUCCGCGGAGGAUGCGAAGCGGCUUGCGGCUGCCACUGAACACUGUUCCGCAAAAGUUGAGGCCCUCUGCGCCUUGUGUCUCUCUGUUGUUCUUCACGUUUCACAUCGGCCUAUGCUGGAGCGUGAACAAGGGCCUCAGGCGUUGGUGUUGUGCGCCACAAAGGACCAGUGCGAUGAGUUGUACGCAUUGCUUGAUCGUUUCGGCUCGGCUCUGCAUCUAGUAUCACACAACUUGUUCGGGGCCUACCCGCCUAUGCCAAGCGAGAAAAGGGCGGACAUUGUUGUGGGCACUUUGCCUCUCUGGGAGAGCGUAGCACGGUUGAGCCCACUUGCAGCCCUUGAUGGCCUUGAGGAAAUUCUCUACCAGGUCUCGCACAAUUCUCGGUGGACGUCGUCAUCAACGCGAUGGCGGCCGUAUUCGCUGGAUUUUGUCACCCAGCUAGUCUUUCUGGACCUGGACCUGCAGCAUGCCUUGGGCUACGGGCCAAUGCUGCAGCGGUUGUUUGUGGGACACAAAAGGCCUGUCAUCGCGGGGCUGCAGCGGGCAAAGACCAAAGCGCCUCAAGGAGGCAGGGAAGGCGGUACCACCUCCAGUGGGCUCCCACACCGAUGUCAGAUGUAUUGUCUGGUAGGUGGUGGAUGUAAGCAAGGGAAGAAACUCUUUGAGACGCUGCGUGUGUCGCGUGAGAGGCGCGGCGAUGGCACAGCUAGGCGGGAGGUGGUGCGAAUUGCCCUGAGAGACACCUUGCCGCAGGCUGACGUCAGCGAAGAACAUGCGAUCGGCGCUCCUCGCAAGCGUAGGCGCGAUGAGGACGAAGAUGACGUUGCCGUUUGCGAAGCGCCUGCAGCGGCGCUUCCCCGAUUGGUGGUGCACAACGCACUCUCGCACUCUCGCCUGAUGCUUGAUGCAGCUGCCUUUGACGAAUUUGCGGUGGAGACGAAGCGACGCGCCCAGAGUUUUUGGUCAAGGUUUGAGGCAGCCCCUUCCUCCGCUGCCGACGGUGAAGGCGGCGUGGGGUCCGUCGUAGACGUGCAGUUGGCCUACGGAUGCAUAGACUCUGAUUGCUGCACUGCAACCAAUGCGAGGACGUGGUUUGUGGCGGAGACGCUAGCCAUCGUCACGCCCGUAGGCGACGGUGCCACGCAUCCGACACGAACCGCGUUGCUGAUGCGGCACCUCGACGACGAACUCUCCGGGCAGAUCUUUGAUGGCAGCGUUGUACAGUGCUUCUUGCAGCGCGGCGCAAUGACGCGUGUGGCUGCCGGUGCGGUGAUGUUGCAUUCUGUGUUUUCUGCCACAGCGAGGUCCAUUUCUCAGGAACCGCUAUUUCUGCGCCUCGUUGGUGAGGAGGGUGCGGCGGAAGAGGCAGGGAACGCGACGGGGAACGCAGACACGGAUCAGGGCACGGUGAACGCACGCACACACCGCGCCCGCCUUCGUCAACGUGCUCAAGAAGCAUCCUCUGCGGUGAAGGGGACGACCUCGUUUCCACUGCACAAAUUUCUUGCCUUAUCAGAGGUUGAGUUAUGGCGUACUGUUCUCGUUUUUCGUCAGAUUGCCCCAAGCCUCUCAGUUUUUUGCGACGCUCAGAGCGACGCCAAGCCAACGGCGCUGCUUUAUUUGGAGGAGUGCUGCCAGUACGGAAAGGUCGUCUCGUACUUUAUAUUUGAGCAGCGGUACGGUGGGAACGAAGAGAGGGGCUGCGUGCAUUUUUUUGUGGAGUUUGCGGCGCAUGAGGCGGCAGCAGAGGCUGCGCGGCAGUUUUCGCUGCGCUUCACAAGCGGGGGAAACGAGGCCGAAAACCACGUGCGGGUGAAGCUCUUUUCCAAUGAGUUGUAUUACGAGGGUGUCGCGGUCGAGGCACAAAAACAGCGGGGUGCAGCAGGCGACGGAGGUGCCACGCGUAAUCAUAGUACGACCACAACUAACAAUGACCUUGAUGAUGGUGAUGAGGAUGAUGAGGAUGAGGAUGACCUCAUGGGGGUUUCACUCCUCGGUGAGUAG